UUAAUGUGGAAACAGUUACUUUAAUUCAAACCGUUCUAGUAAUCAAGCAGUAAAACCAUGUGACGAGUGUAUAUUUAUAAAAAAAUACGUCGAGUUGGAAUUUCCUUCUGGAAUUAAACGUGUUCUAAAGUGAUAUUGAAAUAUCUAGUUUUGUAAACGAAAUGCUCGGAUUGAUGCGGCCGGUCUUGUGCUUCGCGUUGUGCCAAAUGCGUCUUCCUGAGGUUGUUUUAAUCUACGGAAGCUGAUGUAGUGAUGUGUUUAUUGCCCACGCCUGCAAUUCUGAGAGGAGAGUGCUCUAAGCCGGAGCCAGAAUGUAAAUAGAACCGUUUUUUAAAACAGCGCCCGUCGAGCGCGUCUCGAGUUUAUGAAAUAAUGAGUAAGAAAUCAAAAGUGCGCCACCCCAGCCUGGAAAUGGCCGAUCCGGAAGUCAUUAAGAAGAAACAGGACGUCCUCAGCAAAGCUAGAAAUAAGCUGUUGAACUUGAGCGAUGCUUUAAAGUCUUCCAAAAACUUAGAAGUGCCCGAUCAAAAGAAAACGAUUACGAAGUCCAUGACCCAAGUCACCCUCGACUAUUUCUUCAAGCAUUGCCCCAACAAAGAAAGAAACCAUAUUUACGCCAAUACACGUGCUCCUCCAAACGGAAACCGAUCGACGCUGCGAAAACAAAACUCGGUAGGUUCGUAUCCAAUAAGAAUAGAGAUAUCAGCUGAGGACGACGACACGUUUCCUGAUAUCAUCUCUCGAACAAGACCUGCAACUGUUUGCGUUGACAAAUUGGAUGCGCCUCGUGACGCCGAUGCCUUGGCACUUGAACGGCCUCGGAAAAAGUUAUCUUUCCGCGACCCGGAAAUUAUCGGGACGAACAAUAACAAACCAAAGGUGAACGGCAGCAGUUACUACACGAUAUAUAAAAAAACGGAAAGGAAACUGUCGCCGAAAUCGCCCCAAAUUAAGAGAAGCGCUAGUUCGAAUGGCAUACUGCAAAGGAAACCUAGUUUCGAUGACUAUGACUUAGAGAGCCAAGCCAUGCGAGUAGUGCGGACGGUAGGACAAGCUUUUGAAGUGUGCCAUAAACUUUCAAUAAAUGCUCCAGAGAACGAUCAUCUGGAUCAGGACGAACAGGAUACGCUUACCCAAGACUUACUUAGCGAUCGUCUUAGUGAUAUUACUAGUGAUAAACCUAAGAAAGAUAUAUCAGAAGGUGCUAGCGAUAAGAUGUCCUUACCGGCAGACGAUAACAGUAUAAAGGAUUCCUAUUCAGAUAGCAACAGAAAUAUAAGGCCGCCUCCUCAAAUUGAUAUACUGGCCCCGCCGCCUAUCUCAAAUCCCCAGAAAUCCUCUUUAAUAUCAGCCGAGACGUACGCCUCUCCGCAUAGCGACGGUCUAACGAACAUCAGCGUGGGUAGCGGAAACAGUGUACUUCCCCCAGCGGGAAGCGCUUUAUCGGCCCACCAUGAGAUUCAACUCUUAAGGGAACAAUUAGAACAACAAAGUCAACAAACACACGCGGCUAUGGCACAGUUGCAACUUGUACGAGAGCAGCUUGCGGCCGAACAGAGUGCAAGGUUGGAAGCACAAGCUAGAACUCAUCAACUGCUAGUCCAUAACAGAGAACUACUGGACCACAUUGCUGCUUUGGUGGCCCAUCUUCAAGGGGGAGAAAAAUCUGGGCAGCAACAAACUCCUCCUCAUAUGGCGAUGCCUCAGCAUCAGCAUCUUCAGGGAACUGGAGAUCUCUCUGAAGCCGUUUCACUGGAUAAUUCCUUAUUACAAACCCUCGGCUUGAAUCCGCAGGGACUAAUAGAGAACAGAGCAGUGACAUCAUGUCUUCCUUCUUCGCCUCUUCGUAGUACAUUCAAUCCAGGCGGAAACGUGUUCAACUUUCCAUAUCAGCCGCCAGUUGACACUCCGUCGUUCGAGUCGCAGUUACUACAAAGACUGCAAUCUCUGAAUGCUGCCUAUAAUCCACCCUCACCUUUCGCUUACAAUUACAAUCAGACUCUGCCCUUCUUAUCAUCGAACUUGUACAGCCAACCCCUCCUAAACAACAGUUACAACCUACAACAGCCACCACAAAAGAAAUUGCAGCAAUCUCCACUGACAAUGAGGCAUUCGUACGCGGGAGCUGAAACGCGAUUAAGCCCCGCAAGGAGCAACGAGCAAGUUUCGACCCCCCAGUAUCAGAACCAACAGAACUCGGUGCAAAGCCAGCAGCAACCGAACUCGCCUUAUCAGCAGCCGCCGUCGAACAACCAAAAUCAGAGCAGUCAGCACUUGCAAGUACAUCAGAAUGUACGCCAGCAACGAGAGACGACGCCCAACCCGCAUAAUUCUCCGCAAACCGAAAGAAGAGAGAGUCAAUUUAUCAAGCCUCUGGCGCAAAUGGGAACGCUGACGACCACCGACACCGAGGGACGGGUUAGAGUUAUCGUUCCAGUCCCGUCCAAUUCCAAUGAGGAUGCGGGGGCUUUAUUAUCUAAUUUAAGAAUAACUGACGAUUUGAGACUUUUAAACGGACCCCCUAUUACAAGAUCGACUAGUGAGAAAGUGCCGAAUAGAAGCGAACUUAUGUCUCAAGUGCAGCGGACCGCUUGGGCGAGGCAUACAACUAAGUAAACCAAUCUGCACAGGGUAGGCCAAACAAAAUGACCCUUUACCUAUUUUUUUCAAGCGAUAACAAAUAUAACAGAUAUUUAUUUGUAACUUUGAUCUUAUUUAUAAUUAAGUAGAAACAUUUUUUCAAUAAAAAUUUUAUGCGUUAAAUAGAAGUUCAAUAAAAUGCUUAUGUAAACAUCGUUUAAACAUCGAAAUUCUGAACAAAGAGUUUAUAAAACAUCUUAACAAUCUUAUGUCUUUCAACAUGUUAAAUAAUAACAUUAUCCUAAGGGCGACAGACCUAUGUGAGCCAUUGUCCUCGAUUGUGUGACUCUUGCAUCCAGCGGCUACAGCCGAUUUUUUGUGCAUCCUCAUCGACUCCAUCUCUCCACCUCUCCAUCUCUCCACCUUAAUUUUAGCCUUCGUCUUCUAACACCUACUUGUUCUGAGACCAUGAUCCUCCUUGUGGGAUAUUUGUCGUUCGCCCUAUUUAUAUGUCCCGCCCACCUGAGUCGUUCUAUUUUUAUGUAUAUUAUUCAUAGACCUAUACUACAUCUCUAUUCUUAUAUUUUUCGUAUAAUUCAAAGUUGUAAGGCCGGCACCACGCCCCGUUGUCACACACUGCACCGAAUAUUCUUCGUAUUACUUUUCUUUCGAAGGUUAGAAGUAAGAUUAGCUCCAUGUUUUAGAUCCAUAAAUCAGUAUCGGUAUUGUAAAGCAUCAGCUUUGUUUUGAGCGAUAGCACUUUGCUUCUGAAAUGUCUACUAAGCCCAAAUAGCAUUUGUUGCCAAUUUUUGUUCUAUGUUUUAUUUCCUGGGAUAUAUUGUUUUCAUUACUUCUAAAUUGUAGUCAUCUGUAGUUAGGUUUUGGCCUGUUACCUGGUGUUGAUAUCAUAAUCUUAGUCUCCUCCUCAUUAAUCCUUAGACCCAUACUCUCUGCUGAAGUAACCAGUGUCCCAAAGAUAUCUUUAGCUCCCUUCAAUGUCCAUGAGACCAGAUCUACGUCAUCUGCGUAUACCAUUACCUGCAUGCUCUAAUUAUAUAUUGUUAAUCGGUUGGUCAGUUCUGUGUCUACUUUUUCUAGUGCCAGAUUGCAAAAGAGACAGCGCAUCCCCUUGUCUGAGCCCCGUAUUGCUGGUGAACCACUCUGAUGUCUUAUUUUGCGCUUUUACUUUGCAUGUUACUUGACACAUUGUAAUUUUUACUAGUUUUAUUAGCUUCGCAGGUAUACCUAGUUUCCUCAUGGCCAGGUAUAGUUUGGUUCUAAUGAUGCUGUCAUAGUACAAAAAUCUGGUCGAGGGUAGAUCUGUUAGGCCGGGAACCACUCUGUGUUCUCCCAAUCUAUCUUCAGUAUAAGUCUGUAUGUAAAAUUUUAAUACACCAUGAUCUGAAACUAUUGCCAUCCACCCAUGCAUAUUGAAGAUACAUAGGACAUCUAAUUACAAAGAAAUAUUUGGACUACAUGUUUUUGGGGUAGCUGAAUCCAAAUCCGGUGCCCUUUUGACCCGAUUA